UUAGCACUUUGUGCCCAGGUAUUGGGAAGACAAGACUAAUAGUUAAAUUUUAAAGAUCUAGAAUUUAUUUUUGUUCCAAAUACGGUAAUGGUGUAAUUGUAUCACGAAGAUCUCCUAACAGAAAGUAAUAAACAUGAUCCGAGUAUUGCUUUUGGUUGUAACAACGGUAGCCGGGGUACAAGGCGAUGCAGCUAAUAAUCAAAUCAUUGAAUUCAAAGAAAGGACCAAGGGCCCUAUUGCUACCAUGACUACUGCAGCAGGAGCAUACGUCGAAGAAGAAGACACAUCAACUUUAAAUAAGAAUUUGUUUAAUAACGAGUUUUUUAUGGACACCGUCACACACGUCGUCAGAGAAAGAAUACCUGAACGCCUGGUCCACGCAAAGGGCAGCGGUGCAUUCGGUUAUUUCGAAGUAACAGACGAUAUAACUGAUAUAUGCAGAGCGAAAUUAUUCAGCAAAGUUGGCAAGAGGACUCCCAUUGCUGUAAGAUUCUCUACAUCGGCUACUCAGAGAGGAAGUAUUGACACGUCCAGAGAUAUUCGAGGAUUCUCCGUUAAAUUCUAUACAGAAGAUGGUAACUUUGACAUAGCUGGUUUUAAUACACCUAUGUUCAUGUACAAAGAUCCGGUCCAGUUUUCUUCUCUAGUGCGUUCAUUUAGAAGGAACCCGUCAACAAAUUUGUUCGAUGCCAAUUCACUUUGGGACUAUUUGACGCAAUUACCAGAGCUUUUGUUUAUUUACAUGGUAGUAUUUAGUGAUCGAGGAAUUCCAGAUGGUUACCGACAUAUGCCUGGGUUUGCUAUUCAUACGUAUCAAGUGGUAAAUAAAUACGGGGAGAGCCACUUCAUUAGGUUUCACUUCGAACCAGACGCAGGUAUUAAAAAUCUCUUGACGGAUGAAGCAAGGAGGAUAGCGGGCGCUGAUCCCGAUUAUGCAACUAGAGAUUUAUAUAAUGCCAUUGCAAAAGGAAACUUCCCAAGUUGGACAGCGAGUAUUCAAGUCUUGAGUGAGAGUGACGUUAAAAAUGCUGAUUUUGAUGUCUUUGACGUUACGAAAAUAUUUCCUCUAGACAAGUAUCCAUUGCGUCCAUUGGGUCGUUUGGUUUUGAAUAGAAAUCCUGUUAAUUUCUUCGCAGAAGUUGAGCAGCUCGGGUUUUGUCCUGCAAAUUUAGUUGAUGGUAUUCUUGGGGGUCCAGACAAGAUAUAUGAAUCUCGCCGAAUGGCAUACAGAGAUGCUCAGUACCACCGUUUGGGUGGGAAUUUCUUAAAAAUACCUGUAAACUGUCCUAUGCGGCACAGAGCAUUUCCUUAUAACCGUGACGGUGUACCUCCUGUUAACGACAAUGAAAGAGAUAUACCUAAUUACUAUCCAAAUUCAUUCCAUGGACCUGUUCCUUACAAAAAUAAGCACAGAGUUGAAUUGAUUAAGAUACAAGAAGAAGAGGCAAACAAUUACGAUCAAGCUCGAGAGUGGUAUCUCAAUGAAAUUAGACCUUCAGAGAGGAAGAGGUUAGUGCACAAUAUUGUGGAUAGUUUGAAACCUGCUGCCAAGUUUUUGCAUGACCGAGCUGUGGAUGUAUAUACUCGUAUACAUCCAGAUCUCGGGGCACAAGUAAGGCAAGCUCUGCUAGCAAACAGCACUGGGGAUAUCUGAAAACAUCUGAAUUAAAAUUGUUUAAAAUAUUUUUUUCUUGUCAAAAUAAAAAAUAUAAACAUG